GAGCCUUAAAUAGGAGGCCUUGGUGCCCACAACCCAACUUAAGACGCCCCGGGAUCUGGAGUCGCCGCCUGCACCUCUGCGGCAGGCCUCGCCACAGGUUUUUGAACAUGAAUCCUUCACUCCUCCUGACAGCCCUUUGCUUGGGAAUAGCUUCAGCUGCUCCAGAAUUUGACUACAGUUUAAAUACACAAUGGAAAUUGUGGAAGGCAGUACACAGGAGACUGUAUGACUUGAAUGAAGAAGGAUGGAGAAAAGAGGUGUGGAAGAAGAAUAUGAAAAUGAUUGAGCUGCAUAAUCAGGAAUACAGCCAAGGGAAAUAUAGCUUCAGCAUGGCAAUGAAUGCCUUUGGUGACAUGACCAAUGAAGAAUUCAGGCAGGUGAUGAAUGGCUUUCAAAGGCAGAAGAACAAGAAGAGGAAAGUGUCCCAAGAAACUAUCUUUGCUUCGAUUCCCCCGUCCAUGGACUGGAGAGAGAAAGGCUAUGUAACUCCUGUGAAGGAUCAGGGUAAGUGUGGUUCUUGUUGGGCUUUUAGUACCACGGGUGCCCUUGAAGGACAGAUGUUCCGAAAAACUGGCAAACUUGUUUCACUGAGUGAGCAGAACCUGGUGGACUGCUCUCAACCUGAAGGCAAUCAUGGUUGUCAAGGUGGCCUCACAGAUAAUGCCUUCCAGUAUGUUUUGGAUGUUGGAGGCCUGGACUCAGAGGAAUCCUACCCAUACACUGGAUUGGCUGGCACCUGCCAUUACAAUCCCAACAGUUCUGCUGCUAAUGUAACUGGUUUCGUGGACCUCCCUAAGCAGGAGAAGGCUCUUAUGAAGGCAGUGGCAACUUUGGGCCCCAUCUCUGCUGCUAUAGAUGCAGGCAAUCCAUCUUUCCAGUUCUAUAAGUCAGGCAUUUAUUAUGAGCCAAAAUGCAGCAGUGAAUCCGUGGAUCAUGCUGUUCUGGUAGUUGGCUAUGGCUUUGAAGGAGCACACUCAGAUGACAAUAAAUAUUGGCUUGUCAAAAACAGCUGGGGUGAACAUUGGGGCAUGAAUGGCUACAUAAAGAUGGCCAAAGACCGGAACAACCACUGUGGAAUCGCCACCAUGAUCAGUUAUCCUACUGUCUAAAUCUCAAAGGCUGGAUUAAGAACAAUAUCCAGAGGAAGGAUAUUCUCUUAAAACUGACCAGACUUUAUUGUGUGGGAAUGAAAGACUUGAAUCAUUGAAAAUCCAAGUUGUGAUCUGAAUUUUAUCACCUCUUUACUCUGGUG